AUGUUUGAUGGGGAUAAUGUUUGGAGGAGGUAUUCAAAGACUGGAGGAGAUCCAUGGGUGGACAGGCUGCUUGGAUUUCUAACGUUUGGUGUGCACUCUGCUUUAUCAGGGACUCUCAACUACCUGGUUUUCUUGCUGGCCUGGCCUGCUCAGAAUUCCGUGACCUAUGAAGAUGUGCACAUUGACUUCACUCAGGAUGAGUGGGUUUUGCUGAAUUAUUCCCAAAAGAUUCUCUACAAAGAUGUGAUGCUGGAGACGUACAGGAACCUCACUGCUAUUGGUAUGAAAAAAGCCAUAAUGGAGGGAAACCCUUUGAAUGCACCCAAUGUUUUAAAUCAUUUGCAUGUUAUAGUCAUCUUCAAAGGCAUAAAAAAAUUCAUUCUGCAGAGACACCAUAUGAUGGUGUUCAACAUGCUGAAGCCUUUGGAGGUACCAGUUGUCUGCAAAUACUUAAAGGAACACAUGCUGGAGAGAAAUCCUAUAAAUGUAAUCAAUUGUGGUAAAGCCUUUGCACGUCAAUGUAGUCUCCAAAUACAUAAAAGAACACAUACUGGAGAGAAACCAUACACAUGUAAUCAGUGUGGUAAAGCCUUUUCACAGAACAGUAGUCUUCGAGUACAUCUAAGGACACAUACUGGAGAGAAGCCAUUUGAAUGUAAUCAAUGUGGUAAAGCCUUUUCACUGAAAAGUACUCUUCGAGUACAUCAAAGGACACAUACUGGAGAGAAACCUUAUCAGUGUAAUCAAUGUGGUAAAGCUUUUGGGACUCAGGGUGAGCUUCGCAGACAUAAGAGAACACAUACUGGAGAGAAGCCCUUUGAGUGUAAUCAAUGUGGUAAAGCUUUUUCACAGAGAUGUAAACUCCAAAUACACAAAAGAAUGCAUACUGGAGAGAAACCCUAUGAAUGUACUCAAUGUGGUAAAGCCUUUUCAUAUAUCAGUAGUUUCCAACUUCACAAAAGAACACAUACUGGAGAGAAACCAUAUGAAUGUAAUCAAUGUAAUAAAUUCUUUUCACAAAUCAGUAGUCUAAAAACACAUAAAAGAAUACAUACUGGAGAGAAACCUUAUAAAUGUAAUGAAUGUGGCAACUCCUUUUCACGUCAAUUUCCUGAAUUUUGUCCCAAGUAUAUAAAGCUGCUGUGCUACAUUGGGACAAGGAUAAAGGAAAAACAUAAAGCCUUCUGUCAGUGUGAAUCAUGGACUGUGUGCACUCUGGGGAUUACUGGCUGGAGAGACAGUGGGAAGUGGAGAGCCACACUGCAUUCCCAGGGCACACAGAGACCAUCAGUGGUUGUGAAGCAUGAGCCACCAGCUGGUGACAUGGGCAGGGAGAGUCAAUACCCAAUGCACUAUGUGGCUUGCAAAAUGCGAGUGACUCAGGGGUUCUCAAAAUAG